AUGGGGAGAGAGAGAGAGAGAGAGAGAGAGUGUGUCUUUGCCAUGACAUCCAGCGAAGUAGCAAGAGGAGUGAUCGCGGUGCCUCCUGCAGGCAUCUCCACGCUAGGCCAUCGCCAAAUCGCGACUCUUCUGCGCCAAUGUGGUGAUUCCAAGUCCCUUCCGCGAGGGAAGCUCUUGCACCGCCGCCUGGCCGCCACCCUCGACCUACGCCACCACCCCUUGUUCAGCAAUCUCCUCAUCCUCAUGUAUGGGACCAGCCUCCCGGACGCAUGGUCCGUCUUCCACGAUCUCGUCCACAAGAACGCCUUCUCCUGUAACAUCAUGAUCUCGACGCUCUGCGCAAACGGCGAGAGCGCGCAAGCGAUUCAUCUCUUCCUCGCCCUCGCCAGCGAUUCAGUCGUCCGCCCCACCCACGUCUCGUUCGUCGCCGCGCUCGCCGCCUGCGCCAAUUGCCGCGAUCUCCAGUCGGGCAUCCGGAUCCACGCCCAGAUCGUCGCCGCGCCACCCGCGAUCGCGAGCAAUCCAGUCGUGUGCUGCGCCCUCUUAACCAUGUAUCGGAAAUGCGGCAGCCUGGCAGACGCGCGGAAGGUCUUCGAUGACAUGCCUCGCAAGACGAUAGUCGCCUGGAGUGCGAUGCUGGCUGCUUACACCAGAAAUCCCGAUCAGGGCGGGCUCCCCGCUGCGAUCGAGCUCUAUCGCCAGCUCCGGGAUGCCGGCAUUGGAACACUGCGAUUGCCGCAAAUGCCCAUAAUGGGCAGUUUAGAGCGGCGAUUGCGCUGCAGUGGAAGUUGGAUCUGGAAGGGAUCGGGCCUGAUAUGGUGA